AUGUAUUUGGCCGUAGAAGGAUGUUGUCAUGGGGAUCUGGAUAAGAUCUAUGCAACCUUGUUGCACGCAAUGGAACAAAAACAAAUGAGUGAUCAGAAGGAGAUUGCAUUAAAAUCUUUACAAUCAUCUUCGGAAGAAGGUGCUGUGGAUGAUGAAUUUUUAAAUUCCUUGCAAGAGUAUCGGAAACCAACCAUUGAUGUGUUGCUGAUUUGUGGAGAUUUUGAAAGUAUUAGACAUGCCGAUGAUUUGAAUAGUAUGAGUGUUCCGGAUAAGUAUAAAGAAUGGAAGGAUUUUUACAAAUAUUUUGCAAAAAGUCCUUUAAAGAAGGAGGGAGAAGAAACAAAAAUUGCACCCAUUCCAACUUUAUUUAUUGGAGGUAAUCAUGAAGCUAGCUUGUAUCUCAUGAGCUUGCCAUUCGGUGGAUUUGUCACCGAUAAAAUCUACUACAUGGGAAAUACUGGCUUUAUUAAUUUCAAAAAGCGAAAUCCACACGAUGGAAAGUUUGUUAAUUUACUUAUUGGUGGAUGGAGUGGAAUCUAUAAAGAUGGAGACUUUUUCAAAGACAGUGCCAGAUUUUUCCUUCCCAAGACAGAAACUGGCUUGGUACAGGAAAGCGAUAGACAUUUGGGUACGACGCUUUUCGAUGAACAACACGUACCAUUUUCUGAGGGAGCAAAAAGGAGCGUGUAUCAUGUUCGAUUUUUUGAAUUUUGGAAAAUGCUUAAUAUGAAAGUAUGUCUCAAUCGUAGAAAAGAGAAGACACGAUCUGAUCAACCUCUCGAUGUUUUCAUGUCACACGACUGGCCAACAGGAGUCACGCGACAUGGAGACUUGACUAAUAUUAGGAGAUUUAAGGAUCAUGUCAUGAAAGAAAUUGAAGACUCUGAUCACAAGCUAGGAAAUCCCUGGGGCGAAAAAUUACUGAACGAGUUGCAACCCAAAUUUUGGUUCUCUGCUCACAUGCAUUGCAAAUUUUCAUCAGUUGUAUCUCAUCAUGAACAGUUGACACCCUCGAAUACUAUUUCGAAAACGACGAAAUUCCUGGCCUUGGACAAGUGUCUUCCAAAGAGAGAUUUCCUACAAAUGGUAAAUUUGGAUCAUUACAUUGACAGCGUCACAGAAGAGGAAAUUGGGCUCGUACAAGGAACUGAGACAAGCAUUAAUGACAACACUGAGGAACGAGAAGGAUCAGCAGUUACCUCUUCUUCUUCAGAUGUAAAUGACGAACAAGAUGGCCAUUAUUACUUUGACUUGGAUUGGUUGGCCAUUACCAAGCUCUUCCAUGCAUAUAGAUAUGAAAUUUCAAGUCUUCUCAAACAGCCACACAUCCAAAAGAUUCAAAAACAGGCGUAUGAUACAUUGAAUCUUGAUGAAAUUGCUCAACAUGUGUCAUCUACCAGUCUUCCAUUCUCAGCAAAGAAUAGAAUGUAUCCACAAUUCACACUGCAAGAAAUUGAAAAGGAAAAGGAUUGGAUUUUGGAGAGGUCUAAAACAUUUGCAAAUGGAAAGUUUGCGAAUCUUCGCAUUCCCAUGCCUUCUGAGUAUGCCUUGGGAACACUUUCGUCAUCGAACACAAGAAGCACUCUUCAGAUGGAUCCUCAAACACUUGAAUUAUUGGCAUUCUUAGGAUUUGAUGAAUAA